AAUCAGAAGCAGCGCUUUUCUCUCUGCAGAGUUACACAGGGACAACUGUAACACUCUGUACACUCUCACUCGACAUCGACUUUGUAAACUCGCUGUUUUGUAAACUCAAUCGACAACUAACUUAAUUUAGUUAACUCUCACAACUAGUCAUUCAAUUAAGUCACACUCGACAGCUCAAGUCGUUGUGGUCCCGGACACAGGACUAACCCAGGACUCCCUGGACCACUAACCCUUCGCUGAGCCUCACUACGGAGUGAAAACAUCAUCAACGUGUUGAAUACAGCUGUCCUACCUGUCCCGGAUCUACCUUUCCCGGAUUACCUGCCCCGGCCUUACCUGUCCCGGACCUACCUGUCCUGGAAAUAUCUGUCCCGGAACUACCUGUCCCGGACAAACCUGUCCCAGACACACCUGUCCCAGACCUACCUAUAACAGAACUACCUGUCCCGGGCCUACCUGUCCCGGAACUACCAGGACCUACUUGUCCCGGCCCUACCUGUCCCAGGUCUACCUUUCUCGGACCUACCUGCCCCGGCAGACCCGUCUCAGAGUAACGGAUGACCUCUCACGCGCUGCCAAUGCUCCUGGCGUUCGCCUGCCUGCUAAGAAUGCCGUCACGCGCCAGCGCCGCCACAUGUGAGCCGGUCCGGAUCCCGCUUUGUGGCUCCAUGCCCUGGAACAUGACCAAGAUGCCCAACCAUCUGCACCACAGCACCCAGGCCAACGCGGUGCUAGCCAUAGAGCAGUUUGAAGGAUUACUGGGUACAGGCUGCAGUCCGGACCUACUGUUCCUCCUGUGUGCCAUGUACGCUCCCAUCUGCACCAUCGACUUCCAGCACGAGCCCAUCAAGCCCUGCAAGGCGGUGUGUGAGAGGGCCAAGUCAGGCUGCGAGCCCGUCAUGAAGCUCUACAACCACAGCUGGCCUGAGAGCCUGUCCUGCAGUGAGCUGCCCCUCUAUGACCGGGGCGUCUGCAUCUCCCCCGAGGCCAUCGUCAAGGCCGAGGGCCCAGAUCCGUACUAUCAGGACCCAGCCAGGUGUGCCCCAGAAUUAAGUCCAGACUUUCCCAACAACCUCCACUGCAAAGGACCUAAUGAAGAUCGAUGUACCUGUAAGACAGUUCGACUGAGCUUGAAGACUUACCUAAAGAACAACUAUAAUUAUGUGAUCAGGGCCAGGGUGAAGGAGGUGAGGACUCGGGGUCAGGAGCUCACGGCCACCGUGGAGGUGAAGGAGGUGUUUAAGUCCUCGCUGGUGAACAUCCCCAGAGAAACCAACACCCUGUUCUACAUCUCGUCCUGCCCCUGCCCCCCGCUCUCCCCAGGGGUGGAUUACAUCAUCCUGGGCUACGAGAACAAGGAGACGUCCAGACUGCUCCUUAUUGAAGGUUCUGUUGCCCAGAAGUGGAAAGACAGGAUAGGAAGAAAGGUGAAGCGCUGGGACCAGGUGCUCCAGGAGAGGACCUCAGGGAGAGCAGCUCAGCGUGGCGUCCACCACUGAGACCUUGUGUGUGCGCUCACACAACGUAACAUACACAAUACAAUACAAAUAUAACCACAACCAAAGUACUACUCUUAUACCACAGUAGACCCACAUGACAAUACUACACUAUACUGCACUAACAUGACAAUACUACACUAUACUGCACCAACAAUAAAAUACUACACCAACAUGACAAUACUACACCAUACUGCACCAACAUGAAAAUACUACACCAUACUGCACCAACAUGACAGUACUUCACCAUUAUUGCACCAACAUGACAAUACUACACCAUACUGCACCAAAAUGAUAAUACUACACUAUACUGCACCAACAUUACAAUACUACACUAUAUGAGACCAACAUUACAAUACUACACUAUGAGGUACACAGACUAUUUACUUUAAUAAACUUGAAUAACACUUUUAUUAUAUAUAUAUAUUAUAAGUAUUAUUAUUAAUAAUAAAGCAUGACCCUACAAUACUGUACUUCUAUACUACAUGUUACCAUAGCAACAUGACAGUACAAUGCUGCACUACUAUACUACAUGUUACCAUAACAUUGUACUGUACAAUACUGUACUUCUAUACUACAUGUUGUCAUAGCAACAUGACCCUGCAAUACUGCACUACUAUACUACAGGUUACCAUAGCAACAUGACCCUGCAAUACUGCACUACUAUAUUUCAUGUUACCAUAGCAACAUGACCCUGCAAUACUGCACUACUAUAUUUCAUGUUACCAUAGCAACAUGACCGUACAAUACUGCACUACUAUACUACAUGUUACCAUAGCAACAUGAACGUACAAUACUGCACUACUAUACUAAAUGUUACCAUAGCAACAUGACCGUAAAAUAGUGCACUACUAUAUGUUACCAUAGUAACAUGACCGUACAAUACUGCACUACUAUACUACAUGUUAUCAUAGCAACAUGGCCGUACAAUACUGCCUCACAAAUGAAUCAGAUUUGCCCCAACAAUCAAUACGAUACAAUGACUAUUACAACUAUUUAUUCCGUCUAUUUUAGGUAUAAAGAGUUUAUAUUCACUAAAUGGGCUACAUUUAUAAAGUGAAUAAAUAUUUACCCUAUCAUUCAAAA